GUCCGUAGAAUCAUUGCAAGGCACUGUCGGUUUGCAGUGGUAUUUUUAUUCUGCCAGAUUUAAAACGUGUAAGUGGGGUUAGCCAAAUAAAAGGGGCUGGGUUUUUUUUAACGUUGGCCCUUCCGAAUGGAGCUACGGAAUGGGAUGAACAUAAGUGUAUUUUAGCAAAACGUCAUGUUUCACACAACAGAGAGACUAAUGGCUGAAGAAAGUUCGAGUAGCAGUGUAGUUUCUACUGUUAACAGUCAUAGCUUUCGUAUCCGACGUGGCCUUUCCUCUCAGGACAGAGGAUCAAGAGGAGCAAUAUUCAGCCUGACAGAUACCGAGGAUGACGUCCAGUUUGAUACCUCAGACUUGGACAAUAACUGUGAAGUGUUGCUGGCGGGGAGACCGUUUCCAUCGAUCCAGGAAUUUGCCUCUGCCAUUCCCAACCAACUGCUGCUGGGAUCUCUACUGGAACACUUGUGCUUUGUUUAUGAGAGUGAUCCUACACGCUCACGCAUGCUGUUUAAGGUGAUAGGCCAGCAUUUAGCAGCCAUGAACCUCCUGUCACCACUGGCUAUCAGUGAUGAGUUUAGUUCGGUCCGACUACAGCAUAACCGGGCAUUCACAGAGCUCCUGCACGCAACCAGCUCAUCGCUCUUCCCCCAGGAACAUAGAUACUUGAGAACAGAAGGCCAGAGCCUAAGAUCCAAAGAUGGUCUUUUCCAAGCACACACAUCCCGCUACCUUAGUGAAUUUGCCGAAAUUGCAACACUGGGGAAAGGAUCCUAUGGUAAAGUGUUUAAGGUCACAAACAUGCUCGAUGGUCAGGAAUAUGCAGUGAAAAAAAUCCUCAUCAAGAAAGUAACAAGAAACGACUGUAUGAAGGUUCUUAGAGAGGUUAAAGUGCUCUCCAGCCUUCAGCAUCCCAAUAUUGUUGGAUAUCACACAGCAUGGAUGGAGCAUGUUCAGCCUGCUGUGAAAAAUCCAAAAUCCCUUAUUUCACAAACAUUUCCAGCAUUAGAUAAACCUUUACAGAAAGAUGGGUGUACACAGGAAAACACUAACAGCAGCAAUGGAUCGUCCAUUGUCUUUGAACAUUCUGAAGAAGCAGAAGGCAAAGAAAAUCAGGUUGCAUUAGAGAGCCUCUCAGCGAAACCCUCAACUUCAAAAGAAGAGAUGGGACAUGCCGUUUGCCCAAAAAAUGUCCGCAACCCACAAAACAUUGUUCCAUGUGUUUUUCUGGGAAAGCCACGUGCUACAGUGAACAAAUGCCCUGCAGCUAAAUGGGAGAGCUCGACACUCUCAGAGGACGACCUCAGUCAAAACACACUGGAAUUGAACAAUAACUCUUACAUUGAUAUGGACACUGCUGAAUGGUCAGAAAAGCAGGCACAUGAGGUUCAACUCCACUUAAUGCUUUAUAUACAAAUGCAGCUGUGUGAGCGAUCUUUGAAAGACUGGAUACAGGAAAGAAACUUAAGGACCACAGAGGGACUGUUGAUGUCAGUAGAUCCUUGUGAGUCAGUUGACUCCGAAUGCGCAUUAAACAUUUUAAAGAAAAUACUGGAAGGAGUUGAGUACAUUCAUUCCCGUGGUAUUAUGCACAGAGAUCUUAAGCCUAGGAACAUUUUCCUUCAUGGACCUGAGUGCCAUGUGAAGAUAGGGGACUUUGGAUUGGCUUGCCGGAACAUAAUAAUAGACGAGCAUGAGCAGCUGCCCUCCAGCUCUCAAGCAAGUGUAAACAUAGACUCAACUCACACUAGUGGAGUGGGAACUUUUGUUUAUGCUGCCCCAGAACAACUUGAGGGUUCUCACUAUGAUUCAAAGUCAGAUCUGUACAGUAUAGGAGUGGUUACCUUGGAGUUAUUCCAGCCAUUUGGGACUGAGAUGGAGCGUGUGCAUACACUUGAAGAACUACGGCAGAGCAAGAUCCCCAACACUCUAUCUAAAAGCUGGCCACUUCUGGCUAAGUAUAUCACCCUACUGACCAGCACUGAUCCCUCAGUGCGACCAAGUGCAUCUCAUUUACUUCAGAGUGACCUCUUCCGUGCCAAUGACAUGGUUAUUCACAGUUUGAAAUGCAAGAUUGAUGAACAAGAAGAAGAAAUUGUUCAGCUCAGGAGACAGAUCAGUGAGCUAAAGAUCUCUCAAAAUGCAAUACAUAGUCCAGAAAAUAUAUGAUAAUAGUCACUCUUUUGAAAUGCCAUAAGUGCUCAAUAUUUGUACAUUAUAUGAAUUGUUGUUUGGAAAUGGUUGUAUGUGUAAGUGCUGCUCUGCUUGUAUGUAUAUAAAUGAGUGCCAUAUUUAACUUGACAAAAGGUUUGUAAAGUAAAGUCCCAUGCCGAUGGU